AUGCCUACAACUAUAACCAACUUGGAGAUCAACGAUGAAGAGCCAAAAAGUUUUCUCAAAGGUUUGCCUCUUAAUGGGACUUUAAUAAUCGGGCAAGAGCAGGAUGCUCUCUCAGGCUCAUUUUCGAAAAGCGAAAUCUUACGAGGAAGGAUAGCACAAGUCAAUAUUUGGAGUCGCCUGCUAAAUCAAACUGAAAUAAUAUCAUUUAGUGACUGUCGUACUUACCUCAAUUUCGGCUACCCUGAACCUGAUGGUGGUAAGAACGAGAACUGCGCCGGUCUUUUCGUUCGAAAUCCUACUUGGUAUGACUGGGCGUGUGAUGAUCGCCGAGUGUCGUGCGCUGUAUGCCAAAGAGUGCCAGGCAGGUUCAUGCGACUACGUGGAUUAUGCUUUGCAUCAGCGGAAGAAUCUAUAUUUGAACUCUCGGGAUACGUUAAUAAGGAAGCAUAUUUCUUCGGUUAUUGUGGUUGGAUUAUACAUCGAAUGGAAGCAAAUCAUGAAUGGCUUAUUUAUGAUGCAGUUCUGGGCCAGUCAGUUGCGCUAGUCCAAGUUUCUAAUAAGAAAAAAUUUCCAAUCGGCAGGAACAAGUGGGUUCUGUUACGGAACCAAUGUGGUUUUGUGAAAGGAACUUCGAUUUUGUUGAGUCUUUCGUCAUGCUCCGAUGACGAAUUUUCGUGCGACUCUGGUCAAUGCUUGCCGUUCAAAUUCGCCUGCAAUGGAGUGUCGGACUGUCGUGACGGUUCAGACGAAUUUUCUUGCAAUGUUGUCCUACGUGCGCAGGACGAGAACUCAGUAGUCAGACCACCUAGCCUUGAAAAAAUAACUUCGAUUCCAACUUACAUUAAAACCUCAGUCGAAGUACAGCGUUUAACUAACAUUAAUCCUUCCGAUAGCUACAUUGAACUAGAAAUGGUUUUGCACUUUACCUGGGAUGAUUUUCGCCUAACAUUUAGAAAUCUCCAAGAUCAAAUUGAAUUCAAUAGACUGACUUCAGAAGAAGAAGCUUACGUAUGGAAACCAACACUAAUCUUCUAUUCAGCUUACAAUGGGGAAGUUUCUGUUCUCUCAUCUGAAGUCCAUGUCAGUAAACUGGGAACUGGAAUGCUGUCGGAUUUCAACUCGGUUGAAAGAGCUUCGCUGUUCAACCGAGGAUCAGGACUACUGGUCAAUACCCAACAUGUUAGCGGGAAGUUUGCGUGUGUGUUCGACGUGUUCCGGUACCCGUUCGACGCGCACCGUUGCGAGCUGCUGGUGCGACUCGGCUUCUCGUCUGAGCGACUCGUGACGUUCACAAACGACAGACUCUCGCUUGUUUACACCGGCGCUAACAAACUGAAAGAAUUCAACGUUCAGAACAUGACAGCAAUUGCAUCAAGCGUGAAUUUUAGGAACUCUUCAAACACCGAGCUAAAGGUGAAGAAAAUUAUUGGCAAUCACAGGCUAUCCAAUUGA